CAUCUAAAAAUUCAGAUGUUUUCCAUCACAGAUCCUCCACCCAGCAGGGACCUGUAAAGCUCCCAGAAUUACAUCAGGGGAGAAGGAGAGGAGAGGAGAGGAGAGGAGAGAGAGAGAGAGAGAGAGAGAGAGAGAGGAAAAAUUCGUCAACUGUGAGAAAAUUUUACUGCUCUCCCUAUCCUCCUCCUCCUCCUCCUCCUCCUCGUUCUGUCUUUUCUUCCUCCUCUGGCUCUGUCCUUCCCUACCUUCAGCUGGUCAGUCAAUGAGAGUCUCACAGAGCUGGACACAAGCAGCACAGAGACCAGAAACUCGCCACAACUCAGACAAACUCAUCUCCAAGCAGGGGGGAAAUCCCUGGAAUAGAAAGGUGAAAGGAAAGACAUCAUCACUUCCGUGGUGGCAGCAGCGUCCUUCAACCUGCAGGGCUCCCAUGCAGUCGACUUUAGAAACAGAUUGAAAAUCUUGGAAACAAUCAGCUCAGUUCUCUUGAGCAGUCCUGCUGCUUUCCCUUGUUCUGCUAGACAACUGAAGGGACUUUUUCUGGUCAGACCCUCGAGAUGCCUCCUUUCAUCCCCUCCCUGGUCCUCGUCCUCCUCCUGGCUGGUCCGGCCCUCCUGAACCCAUCAACCUCCACAGAGUUACAGGUCAGAGGGCAAAGGAUGCCAAGGGACACCAAGCAGAACUCCAUCAAGGUGGUGAUUUCAGAGGCCUGCGCUACUCAACGGGAUUCAUCUGACAUCGGUCAAGGAGAUAAAGAAAUCGACCUGGCUCCAGGUUCUCCUCUGGUCCUGACCCAUAAGAUCAAGCUAGUUCCUUCAGGUUCAGGGUCUUGUGACUGUGAUGCCAACUUCGCUGCUCUGCGGGAGCGUCUGGAGAGGCUGGAGAGGGAGGUGUCGGCCCUCCGGGAGAAAUGUGGAGGACCCGAAAGAAACUGCUGCACCUCGAAAGAGAGCAAAGGUGUUGGUUGCUCCAUGAAACUAGAGACUGAUUGUCCCAACGAGUGCAGCAAUCAGGGUCGUUGUGUGGCCGGGAAGUGCAUCUGCUUCCCCGGUUUCAGCGAGCUGGACUGCAGCAAGUCAGACUGUCCUGGAAACUGCAACGACAACGGGAGGUGCGUUCACAGACAGUGUGUGUGUCAUCCUGGUUUCACCGGUCCAGACUGCUCCCAGAGCACCUGCCCCAACAACUGCAAGAACCAAGGCAGGUGUGUGAAUGGCAGGUGUGUGUGUGACGACGGCUUCUCAGGUCCCAGCUGCUCGGACGAAUCCUGCCCAGGAAACUGCAACAACAGGGGGAACUGCAUUAAUGGACAGUGUGUGUGCAACCCUGGGUUCACCGGGCCAGACUGCGCUCAGAGGGUUUGCCCUAAUGAUUGCAACGACCGUGGGAGGUGUGUUAAUGGUAAAUGUAUUUGCGACAGCGGCUUCACCGGCAACAACUGCUCUGAAAGUUCCUGCCUCGGGAACUGCAACAACAGGGGGCGCUGCAUCAACGGACAGUGUGUUUGUGAUGACCGAUUUACUGGUGAUGACUGCUCUGAAAACUCCUGCCCCAGAAACUGCAACAACAAGGGGCACUGUGUCAAUGGACAGUGUGUAUGCUACGAUGGAUUUGCUGGCGAUGACUGCUCUGAUAAAGUAUGCCCAAACAACUGCAGCAAACAUGGGAAGUGUGCGAACGGGAAGUGUGUUUGUGAUGCUGGCUUCACCGGCCCGGACUGCACCACCAAAGCUUGUCCUAACAACUGCAGAAACAAAGGACAGUGUGUCAGAGGAAGCUGUAUAUGUCGGCGAGGAUUCACCGGACCAGACUGCAGCCAGUGUCUGGAAGGCAGGACUGGACCUCACUGUGAUACUGUCACAUCUGGUGUUUCUCAGCUGAGCACUCAGGAGAUCACGGAGACGUCCGUCACUCUGGUUUGGACUCCACCUCCUGUCCAGUAUGAGACCUACCACCUCACUUUCACCAGCCAGAAGGAGAGUGACCAGCAGAUAACUGUGCAGGUGGAGGGCAGCCUGACCAACUUCACCCAGACAGGCCUGGCAGCCGGUCAGGAGUACAGUGUCAGCAUCGUUGGAGAGAUCGACAGCAGGAGGGGAGCUGAGAGCUCCACCAACUUUGUUACCCUCAUAUCGGGUCCCACCAACCUCCAAGUUGUCAAGACGACUUCCACGUCUGCGGUUGUUCAAUGGGAGCAGUCUCAGGGUGAGAUUGACAGGUACCUUUUGACCGUCACACCCAACGAUGGAGCGGGGAGGAGUCAAGAAAUGACCAUCCCUGCUGGUCAAAACUCUGCCCAUAUCCAGCAGCUGGAGGCAGGGCGUUUGUAUGACAUCAUACUUGUGGCAGAGAAAGGCUCAAGCCAGAGUGAACCAGCGGCCACCCAGGCAGUUCCUGGACAGUGGGUCCCAAGGCCUACUACAGCAGCUUUGACCAUGCAGGGCACACAAGAUGUUGGUGACAUCAAACAAGAGCUGAACCCGUCAUCUGGGGGGGAAGUAUUUGACCAACAGGAGAGGAAGCAAGUAAAUUCUAAAUCUGACUCGGCAAAAGUCAGGGGUUUCGAUGGCCCUGACCCCUCCACUGUGACUGCCGGAAGAAAACCUCGAGUCAGCAAAAUGAUGACGACAAAUGGAACAAGAUCCAAAUUCGAGGGAAGGCCCACCUUGUCCAGGAAGUCAAAGGACCCAGGCUCUGUGCGUUUCAAUACAACCAGAGUUCUGCCUGGAGGGAAGAAUAUCUUCCCUGGCCCUUUAAAAAAAGCUCCAGUAGCGACAAAGAAGAAGGAUCCAAUAGUACACAAUAAACCUGAACCAGGUGUCUCCACCGCUGAAGACUCUGUGAUUGUGGAGGCAUCAAGUUCCUUGAGGAGGGAUGAUAAGAAUCCAACUAUGACACCUGGGACUGGUUCAGAAACAAACAGCUCAGAGAAACCAACUCCUGUUGUUAGCACCAAAGAGCAACCAGAUUUUGGAAUGGCAAGCCAUGGAAACUAUGCUGAUCCGGCAUUUCCAGAGCCAACUGGGACUAUUCAGGGCCAAGAGAAGAAAUGUAUGAAGAAAAUUAAAGUGACACACAUUAGAUUACCCCUAAAGGACAGAGCCAAUGGAUGUAUAGGGCAGGGGAAAGGGCUUGCAGGAAACACAUUAAGCUCAAUUCCAGGUUCCCCCAUUACACGUGAUACUCCCCCUACUGGAGAGACAGACCUUGAUUAUUCACCAAAUCCCUUACAUACACUCCUGUCAGGCACUUUUAAGGGUUUGAAUAUCACAACAUUUUCUGUUCACCUGGCCAAACCAUCAGAUGCUUCAGUCGAUGCAGAAAAAGUGAGGACACAAAUUUUAAGGGGAUUAAAACCACUGUCAUCAUUCUCCUCCUCAUCCUUAUUAACCUCAAAGUCAUCAUCACACUCAUCAGCUGUUCCAUCAUCGUCAUCAUCUUUAAUGCGGCUUGUUUCUUCUGCAUCAACAGCAGCACCAUCAUCCUCACUUACACAUUUAAUUAGAUCAUCUCUGUUGCCCCCACCGCCAUCAUCUUCCAGCUCUGAUAAAAUCAGUCCCCUUGGGAGCAAUGAGCUAGAUGCUGAUAACAGUAAAGACACCACUGACUCUUUAUCACCUAAAGACAAAAAACUGCCACCUUUUGGAGAAGAUCAGUUACCUCUUGUCCAUCACACCCCUCCAAAACAUGGAUAUGUGCAUCAUCCACACUCAAACUUUAGGUCAUUUCUGAAUAAAACCAAUCUAAAUUUGAGAGUUCCUCACCGCUCCCCACCUCGAUUUGACCCUAUCCCUACAAGGGAGACAGAGACCAGUGAAUUAUCAUCUUCACUGUCUUCAUCUGCUUCCAAGGAAUCAUCCUCAGAAGAGGUAAAUGCAACAGUGAAGGAUACAGGUGGAGGCAAAGGUGGUAAAAUGACACCUGUAUCCUCUAUAGUUGAACAAAAUAGCAACAAAUUACAGACAGAAAAAGGAAGAAUCACAAUUCGCCGGCCUCUUCCUAAGGGGAGACACUUGCGUCGCCCUUUUUUAAAGAACCGAAUUCACCCAAAUUUGAGGCCCUUGAAUCGCCCUUCUCAACCUUUAAAUCUUGAACCAGAAAAUGAGAAGGAGUCUGAGUUUACCACUCCAUUUCCAGCCCCGUCAGCUCCUUCUCUUUCUGAAAACUCCUAUCCAUCUAAUACAGGGCCAGUAAGAGAUGGGACUGAAGAUGGAACUGAGACAAGAAUGUCCACAACAAAUUUGUCCACUGAGCCUAAUCAAACUCCCAGAGUUAAUAGAGUGCCUUCCUCACAUCGCCCAGAUCUUAAAAUUGGUUUGUUCCGUCGGACACAACCAUACGGUGGUUCCUUUCAAAACAGAACACGCACAAAUCAGAGACCGCCUCAGUAUACAAACAGAGGUCCUGCGCGCAAGCCUUUGCCGACCAGAAAGCUAAAUACAGGCACCGCCAUUACUGCUGUAGGUCAAACUAGCCAGCUGGGACAAGAUGAAACCCAAUCAGGAAAGCAGGAUGUCCACAGGCUCAAUCAAGGAGGUCAAAUUAGACAAUCAGGAAGACAAGAAGCUUCAGAGGUAACUCCAAAUGACCAGAUAGAUACAACUGUCAGACCACAGACUACAGAGUUAAGAAACAGAGACAAUACUCUGAUCCAAACAGAAGAAACUCACACUGCCGAUUUUGACAUUCGUGAAGACAGUGUUGAUGCUGGCAAAAGUACUGGGACUCCGAUUCGAGGUAGACAAACCUACAAAAAAACCUCCUUACAUUCAAGACCCUCAAGACCAGUCAUACCUCCAAAGAGACCACCCUCAACAAGAACGUUCACAAAAAAGCAUAACACCCAGAUGAGACAAUACAUCAGUGGGACUGAAAAAGAAGAAGAUCCAAAAACAAGUAACACUGAAAAGACAGCAAGUGUUACGUCAGAUGUUUCUCCAUCUGGAGUCACAAGAGAACCUCUGGACUUUGUGGGUGUGAUGAACAGGACCUCUGAUGGAUUUACACUCAUAUGGGACUCACCAGAAGGGAAGUACAAAAACUUUGUUGUGACUAGGACAGGAAAAGUUGAAGGGCCAAAGCAGAUGGGAAGAAAAGAAGUGGAUGAAGACUCUGAUAAAGAUGGUGGCAGUGAAAUGGGUACAGAGAAGCACCACUCCAACAAAGAACCUGAAUCAGAAAAUAGAGAUAUUGAUAAUGAUAACAGAAUCACUGAAGGUUUCAUCUCUCAAGUUCCAAAGAUCCAAAGCAGUUCAGCAACCAAACUGACAGAAAAUGACAAAACCUUCAAGAAAGUGCUUCAUGGUUCAGCUCGCUCCUUCCAGUUUGAGGAUCUGCCUCCAAAGACUGAGUACACCUUGACCUUGCUUGGAAAGGGUCCUGGCCUUCUGUCCAGACUGCACAAGCUUGUCAUCAGUACAGGCCCAGAGCCUCCAACCAACAUCGUCUUCAGUAAGGUGACAGAAAACUCUCUGACAGUGUCGUGGGCCAAACCAAAGAGUCCUGUCAGCGGUUUCAAAGUUACAUACACCCACACAGACGAUGGUGAGCCGGUGUCAGUGACGGUGGACUCGGAGGACUCUAACCUCGGCCUAUCGGAGCUCUCACCUGGUUCUUCCUACGAGGUCACCGUCAUCUCCACCCUCGGCCUGGACGAGAGCAACCCGAUCAAAGACUUUGUUAUGACAUUUCCUGACCCCCCCACAAACCUUCAGGCUGUAAACGUCACUGAAAGCAAGGCUUUGUUAUUGUGGCGUCCAGCGUUGGCUGCUGUUGAUAAGUAUACUAUCGUCUACGGCUCGGGUACAGAUUCAGAGUUAAGAGUCACGGUGUCAGGAAAUGCAGCCGAGCAGCAGCUGAGCGGUCUGGAAGGAUCCACCACCUACACCGUCACCAUCACCAGCCAACUGGGCAGCCUGCAGAGCUCACCAGCCAGCACCAGCUUCACCACCAUUGGAGGCUCUGGGAAGGAUGGCGACGGGCCGUGGGCCCUCCGGGCCGACAAUGUGACACCUCGCACCGCCAUGUUGUCCUGGAAACCACCAUCAAAGCCUGUUGCUAGAUACAGACUGACCUAUGAGACUGAAGGUCAAGAAAUGAAGGAAGUUAUUGUGGAUGCCACUGUAACACAGUUCAACCUGAGAAGACUCCAUCCUGGAUCCAAGUAUGUGGUGCAGCUACAGGCAGAAAGAGAAGGAAGAUACAUGUCCGCCAUCACCACUGAGUUCACCACUGGCACCCUGCGGUUCCCCUUCCCCACUGACUGCUCUCAGGAGCUGCUGAACGGCAUCUAUACAUCAGGCGAGGUGGAGAUUUUCCCUCAGGGGAAACUUGGGAUGCCGAUGUUGGUUUACUGUGACAUGGAGACAGACGGCGGCGGCUGGACGGUCUUCCAGAGAAGGAAAGACGGCUCAGUGGAUUUCUUCAGGGGCUGGAAGGAGUACACCAAAGGGUUCGGAGAUGUGAACGGAGAGUUCUGGCUCGGACUUGAGAGUCUCCACAACCUGACAACUAUGGCCAAGAUGAGUUUGCGUGUAGAUCUUCGAGACCAAGACGAGUCGGUGUUCGCUCAGUAUUCCACAUUUGAAGUGGCCAAGAGGAACUACAAACUGACUGUGGGCGGAUAUACCGGCACUGCAGGUGAUUCCCUAACUUAUCACAACAACCGGAUCUUCUCCACCAAAGACCGGGACCCGGCAACCUUCAUCACCCGCUGCGCAAUGUCUUAUCGAGGAGGCUGGUGGUACAAAAACUGCCACGAAGCAAACCUCAACGGCCUCUAUGGCAUUGAUGUCAAACACCAGGGCGUGAUCUGGACGUCCUGGAAAGGAAAAGAGGUUUCCAUCCCGUUCACUGAGAUGAAAAUGAGACCGGCAGCCUUCAGUCCUCCAUCCAGAGGAUGAACGUGAGCGAGGUGAUGAUGAUGAAGAUAAUGAAGAUGAUGAUGAACUGUUAAAAACACACACGGACAGCAGUGUGUCAAUACACAAAGACACACACACGCACUCUCCCACGCCAUAACUUUUGGGGACAUAUCAUUGACUCCCAUUCAUAUCUAACCCCUAACCCUAACCCUAAUCUUAACCAAACCCUAACCCUAACCAAAACAAUGGCUAACCCUAAAGAAACAUUUUUACACUUUUACUUUUUUCAGUAAAAACAACAUGGCCAAGAAAAACACUGUUUAAACUUGUGGGGACCGAAAUGAGGUCCCCACAAGUGGCAUAGUUUUCGGUUUUCCUACAGUUGUGGGGACAUUUGGUCCCCACAAAUCACGGCUUGGGUUGACACACACACACACACACACACACACAUGUCUGGUUCUGCUAUUCCCGUGGGGACUUACCAUUGACUCCCAUUCAUAUCUAACCCCUAACCCUUACCCCACCCCUAACCUUAACCCAGAGCAAAACAAUGCCUAACCCUAAAGAACCGUUUUUGCACUUUUACUUUUUUCAGUAACAACAACAUGGCCAAGAAAACACUGUUUAAACUUGUGGGGACCGAAAUGAGGUCCCCACAAAUGACAUUGUUUUCGGUUUUCCUAUACUUGUGGGGACAUUUGUUCCCCACAAGUAUAGUCAGCACCUUGGCACCCCCCCCCCACACACACUCACACACACACACACACACACACACACACACACACACACACACACACACACACACACACACAAACACACACACACACACACAGCAGACUGAACAUACACAUUUGAACAGGGAGACUUUCUCUCAUUUGAGAAGAGAUGAAGUCGUAUUUUUUCAUUUGUAUAGAGGUCAGUUAUCAGUAUGUUUCUGUAAGUUGUACAGGCUCCUUAUUUUCAUUUUAAAGCAGCAUUUUAAAGCAGCGUAACUCCAACUUCCUCCAUAUUCAAAAACUCAGUUCACACAAAUUGCACCACUACUCUGAAAUCUCCAUCUAGAGAACGGAAAACCGACUAAACCCAUGUAUAGAUUAAUUUUUGAGAAGGACUGAUCUGAUCUGAAAGGGACCUGAGCACAGCCAGACCUUAGUUCUGAACAGAGAUACCAAGCACUAGCAGCUGGAUGAUGAUCUCUGAGUUUAUCUGAUUAAAUAACAAGCAGCUGUUUAACCUUCUAAACCAUAAAAACCACCAGUGGGUUUGAAAGAUUUGUUGUCUUUUUUUUUUUAUUAUUUUAAUGCCAAGAUUCCACCAUUUAUCAGCCAGAAACUCUCACAGUGAAGAGCACUGUUAACCUAUGGCCAUGAACUACUCAUCUGCGAUGUGCUAUUCUGCCAGAAAACUUUUAAAUGAUCCAAAUCUAAGAUUAAAAUCAUGAUAUUUCUUCAAUAUCACUGUAUUCUAUUUGUCUAAAAAUCUUGCUGUAGAUACUGUUUCUUUCCUUUUCUUCUGAAGAAAAUUUUUAUAUUUAUAUAUAUAUAUGUGUGCUUCCUGUGUGCUGCAAGCUCUCUCUUAUUCAAUGUCCUAUUGCUGCUGUACAAUGGUAAUUUCCCCGCUGUGAGAUUAAUAAAGGUUUAAUCUAUCUAUCUAUCUAUCUUAAAAAAUGCACCAAAAAUAUACCAUUUGCAUUUUAUUGUGUACAAACCGAGAGGCCAGUAAGGACUCGGCUGCAAUAAACAGUGGGGUGACAAAAAUUCGACUGAACUGCAGGGUGUAUUUACAUGAAGCAGUGAGAAGACAAGUGUAGAAACAAAUUGAAAAUGUAAGCAGUAAACUAUCUGUAGUAUGUAGAUUCAUUGUUUCUUUCCAGUAUGGGUAUCACCUGUGGGCACUUGGAAGAAUGUUGUACAGUGGGUACGGAAAGUAUUCAGACCCCUUGAAAUUUUUCACUCUCUGUGUCAUUGCAGCCAUUUGCCAAAAUCAAAAAAGUUCAUUUUUUUUCUCAUUAAUGUACACUCAGCACUCCAUCUUGACAGAAAAAAACAGAAAUGUAGAAUUUUUUGCAAUUUUAUUUAAAAAGAAAAACUGAAAUAUCACAUGGUCAUAAGUAUUCAGACCCUGUGCUCAGUAUUGAGUAGAAGCACCCUUUUCAGCUAGUACAGACAUGAGUCUUCUUGGGAGUGACGCAACAAGUUUUUCACACCUGGAUUUGGGGAUCCUCUGCCAUUCUUCCUUGCAGAUCCUCUCCAGUUCUGUCAGUUUGGAUGGUGAACGUUGGUGGACAGCCAUUUUGAGGUCUCUCCAGAGAUGCUCAAUUGGGUUUAGGUCAGGCCUCUGGCUGGGCCAGUCAAGAACGGUCACAGAGUUGUUCUGAAGCCACUCCUUUUUCAUUUUAGCUGUGUGCUUAGGGUCAUUGUCCUGUUGAAAGGUGAACCUUCAGCCCAGUCUGAGGUCCUGAGCACUCUGGAAGUUUUUUCUCCAGGAUAUCUCUGUACUUGGCCGCAUUCAUCCUUCCUUCAAUUGCAACCAGUCGUCCUGUCCAUGCAGCUGAAAAACACCCCCACAACAUGAUGCUCCCACCACCAUGCUUCGCUGUCGGGAUUGUAUUGGGCAGGUGAUGAGCAGUGCCUGGUUUUCUCCACACAUACCGCUUAGAAUUAACACCAAAAAGUUCAAUCUUGGUCUCAUCAGACCAGAGAAUCUUAUUUCUCAUAGUCUGAGAGUCCUUCGUGUGUGUUUUGGCAAACUCCAUGCGGGCUUUUUAUGUGUCUUGCACUGAGGAGAGGCUUCUGUCGGGUCACUCUGCCAUAAAGCCCCAUCUGGUGGAGGGCUGCAGUGAUAUUAGACUUUGUGGAACUUUCUCCUAUCUCCCGACUGCAUCUCUGGAGCUCAGCCACAGUGAUCUUUGGGUUCUUCUUUACCUCUCUCACCAAGGCCCUUCUCCCACCAUUGCUCAGUUUGGCUGGACGGCCAGGUCUAGGAAGAGUUGUGGUCAUCCCAAACUUCUUUCAUUUGAGGAUUAUGGAGGCCACUGUGCUCUUAGGAACCUUGAGUGCUGCAGAAAUUCUUUUGUAACCUUGGCCAGAUCUGUCCCAGAUAGCAAAUUACGGGUGAAUCAAUGUUGAAUCUAUGUUGAGACCUAACGUCGAAAUUAUACAGAAAGCGCAAGGUUGAUAAAAUGUUGAGUCAACGUUUGCUUUUCAACCAUAAAUCACACUUUACCCAGAUAGCAAAAGAUGUUAAAUCAAUGUUGAAUUAGGGUUAAGAAGGUUGAAUUGUGGUUACGAUUGAAGACUGAUGGUUGGAUCAACGUUGAUUCAACAACAUUUUGUCAACAUUGAAGUUUGUGUUUAAAAGAUACCAUUGAAUCUACAUUGCAUUUUGGUUUAAUUAAAAUGUUUGACAGGUCAAUGUUUAAUUAAUGUUGAAUCUAUGUUUGCAAACAUGUAAUCUAUGUAAGCAAACGUUGACUCAACAUUUUAUCAACCUUGCGCUUUCUGUAUAAUUUCGACGUUAGGUCUCAACAUAGAUUCAACAUUGAUUCACCCAUAGUUUGCUAUCUGGGGUGCCUUGCCACAAUUCUGUCUCUGAGCUCCUUGGGCAGUUCCUUCGACCUCAUGAUUCUCAUUUGCUCUGACAUGCGCUGUGAGCUGUAAGGUCUUAUAUAGACAGGUGUGUGCCUUUCCUAAUCAAGUCCAUCCAUCCUCUAUACACCGCUUUAUCCUCACUAGGGUCGCGGGGGUUCUGGAGCCUAUCCCAGCUGACUCGGGCGAAGGCAGGGGACACCCAGGACAGGUCGCCAGUCCAUCGCAGGGCCACAUACACAGACGAACAAUCACACUCGCAUUCACACCUACGGGCAAUUUAGAGUACUCAAUUAACCUCAGCAUAUUUUUUUGGACUGUGGGAGGAACCCGGAGUGCCCGGAGGAAACCCACGCAUGCUCAGGGAGAACAUGCAACAUCCCAGGCCCACCCCGGGAUUUGAACCAGGGAUCUUCUUGCUGCAAGGUGAAAGUGCUAAUCACUACCUCACUGAGCAGCCCCUAAUCAGGUGCAAUCAGUUUAAUUAAACACAGCUGGACUCCAAUAAAGAAGCAGAACCAUCUCGAGGAGGAUCAGAAGAAAUGGACAGCAUGUGACUUAAAUAUGAAUGUCGCUGCAAAGGGUCUGAAUACUUAUGACCAUGUGAUAUUUCAGUUUUUCUUUUGUAAUAAAUUUGCAAAAAUUUCUACAUUUCUGUUUUUUUCAGUCAAGAUGGGGUCCUGAGUGUACAUUAAUGAUAAAUAAAAUGAACUUUUUUGAUUUUGGCAAAUGGCUGCAAUGACACAGAGAGUGAAAAAUUUCAAGGGGUCUGAAUACUUUCCGUACCCACUGUACAUGUUGAUUCAAUAUUUUUUUCUGAGUUUUUGUCAAAUAAACAAGAAAUUACCAAAGAAAUUAAA